AUGUUUGCCCGAGGUAUUGCUCGCGCAGCUGCGCCAAUUCCCCGCUCUCUGAGAGCAUUCGGCUCGACAGCUGCCCAGCAGCGAACCCCGUCGCUAGCCGAUGUAACCUCCACCGGCGUCGCGUCAUUCAACUCCAAGCAGAAGGAGUUCAGGGAGAAUCUGGUGAAAGCUCAACAGGAGAGAGAAGCCAAACAACGGGCCGAGAUAGCCUCCAAAACCGAGUCCGACAAGAACGAUGGAUUACUGUCCCGUGUCAUCUAUGGCACUAAAGAAGGCCGUGAGUUGGACGCACAGCUCGAGGCAAGCUUCAGUGCUGUCUUAGCUCGAGGGAAAUACGUCCAUUCGAUUGUCUUCCAUGAGGUCAAGCCCGAUAAGGUGGACGAGUAUGUUAAGCUUGUGGGCGAUUGGUACCCUAAGAUGGCUUCCAAGUCGGAGAAUAAGGUCAAUCUGGUUGGAAGCUGGCGCACCGAAGUUGGUGACUGCGAUACAUUCGUCCAUAUCUGGGAAUACCAGCGCUAUCAAGGUUACCACGACUCUCUGCACAGCAUCUCGAAGCAGCCAGGUUUCGACGAGUUCAAUACCAAGCUGAAGUCGCUUAUUAAGCACAAACAGACCUCGUUGAUGCAAGAAUUCUCUUUCUGGCCUACUACUUCGCCCCGAAAACUCGGUGGUGUAUUCGAGCUACGAUCAUACACACUCCAUCCAGGUAAUUUACUAGAGUGGGAGACCCAUUGGCGACGUGGCCUGAAGGCCCGGCGCGAGGUAAUGGAGGGUGUAGGCGCUUGGUUUGUUCAGAUAGGAGACCUGAAUACCGUCCACCAUCUCUGGCAGUUCGCGGACCUCGAGGAACGUAAAGUCCGACGAGAGCAGAGCUGGAAGCAGGAGGGAUGGGCUGAGACAGUUCACAAGACUGUUCCUCUCAUCCAGACCAUGAAGUCGAGGAUUCUCAUCCCGAUGCCAUGGUCACCAGUUGCUUAA